AUGUCCGCCGAGAAGUCCGACAUGGCGGCCGGCGAACACGUCGCCGAGAGGCCCGGCCCGGCCGGUACUUCGCCAGAGGUCCAUGUCGAUGCCGCCGUCCAGAUCGCCCACGAGUCCCAGGAAGGCCAGUACUCGCCUUGGACAAAGUCCAUGUUCCGUCUUUACGGCAUUCUGAUCAUCGCUUACCUUGGCGGUGCUCUCAACGGCUACGAUGGCUCUCUCAUGGGAGGCCUCAACGGCAUGAAGUCGUACAUGAAUUACUUCAACAAGGAGACGGUCGAUCAGAGCACCGGCAUCAUUUUUGCCAUGUACAAUAUCGGCAGUGUCGCCGCCGUCUUCUUCACCGGACCCACGAACGAUUAUCUCGGACGCAGAUGGGGCAUGUUUAUCGGCAGCUUGAUUGUCAUUAUCGGCACCUGCAUCCAGGCCCCCACCAAGUCGUGA